GGCCCAACCAGGGAGAGGCGGGGCCAAGGCCGGGGCCUGACUAAACCUGGAGACUCGGGUGGCCGAGGGGCUUCAUCCCAGCUGAGGAGCGAAGAGCCGCUGGCGGCCGCGGAUCUCACAGCCGCUCGGGGUCUCCUUGACAGAUGGAAAACCUGAAGUAACCUCAGGCUAGCUAACCUUGUGUUUUUGGAAAACUAGACUUGCUGGUGAAGUCACACUGGGGGUAAUAGGAUAUUAGCUCACUUUGCGUGGCCAUGUAUACAGUUGUUGCAGCACUGUUCCAAUACAGACGAACCAAAAUACACGAAGUGUUCCCAGGGUUUUUAGAACUUCAGCUAUAAAAAUGGGCAGAAUUUUCCUCGAUCAUAUCGGUGGUACCCGUCUGUUUUCUUGUGCAAACUGCGAUACAAUCCUGACCAACCGCUCAGAACUCAUCUCCACACGGUUCACAGGCGCCACUGGCAGAGCAUUUCUUUUUAACAAGGUAGUUAACCUGCAGUACAGUGAAGUUCAAGACCGGGUCAUGCUCACUGGCCGCCACAUGGUUCGAGACGUGAGCUGCAAGAACUGCAAUAGCAAACUGGGAUGGAUCUAUGAGUUCGCCACUGAAGACAGCCAGCGCUAUAAGGAAGGCCGUGUGAUCCUGGAACGCGCUCUAGUACGAGAGAGUGAGGGCUUCGAGGAGCACGUACCAUCUGAUAACUCUUGAAGAAAAAGAGAUAACUCCCAUCUUUUCCCAGGUCUCCUUCACUGAAAACAAAAAUCUACUUACAUACACUGUCACCUUAGCAUCAGGGUCGGAUUCAUGAACUGCGGAACAAGAAGUUGUGAGAAUCUAAGAUGGAACCUUUCUUUCUUUCUUUCUUUUUUUUUUUAAUUUUCAAUUUUCCAUCCAGCAGCAGUGUGUAGAGAGAAUAUUAUGCAGAUGCCGUUAAUUUUUUUUUCCCUAUGUUUACAUCUUGAGGCAGAAUAGUCUAUCUGCAGCUACAUGAUGGGCUAUGUGAGGAAAAAAAAAUCUGGGCUGUUAGAGUGAAAAAGUGUGUUUUAUGUAAAUUUUGAAAGGAAAAUGUGUCAAGAGCAUGGUUUUUAAACUUAUUUGGGCUUCAUUUAAAAAAAUGUUUUUUAAACCCAGUUAUUUCACUUGAUUUGCUAGCUUCAGGGAAGAGACCCGACUUUGUGACCAGCGCUAAAGGUUCAGUGUUAGUAUGGCUUGUGCUGGCCGCUGUGCCAUAUUCUUGUUGGAGAUGAACCGUAGCACCAGAGCCCAUCCUUCCUUGUCAGUCAUGACCCAAAGAUGUCACCGUUCCUAGUUCUCUGUCACCACAUAAUUGGUGUUGAUUGGAAACUUUUCCUGAAAUGGGGCAGAACUGCUUGGUUGUCUUUUCCAUGUAACUUAAGCAUAGUAAUAUAAAUAAAGUAAUAGUUGGAUGUUUUUGGUCCUGUGUUGCUUUUAAAAACACCUUCUAAAAGAAGAGCGGAGUAUUUGAUAAGUAAUUUUCAUGGUAGUGUUUCUUUUCCUCUCUCGAGCUAAAUUGACUGUGUAGAAGAGAUUACUGUGUUUAAAAUUAAAGCAUACUGUUUAAACCCAUAGUACUGCAUUUAGAAAAGAGUUGAACAGAAUGUCAGUGUGCGUUCAUGCAGAAAGCAUUUCAUCUGCAUCUGUUUUAAAAGAAGGGAAAAUGAAGGAGCCUAUCUAAAAAUAAUGCUUUGCAAAGCAUUUUCAGCCUAUCCUCAGUUUGGUGUUGAUUUUGACAAGUCCGUAGAACCUAAUAGUUUCAUCAAAGGACUAGAUCUGUCAUUAGCAUUAUUUUCUCAGAUCUUCCCUCCAAAGUUCAGCUAUUGAAAUUAAAACUGUACUUGGUCCCUUCAGGGAUCAAAUUUGACUCAGGGUGUUAUUUUAGCCCGAAACUUACAACAUUAUGAAGUAUUAAAAUAUAAAUGUUUCUUUAUCCAAACUAUUUCUAGGUAUUCUAGUAUUUGUUUCUGGUGGAAUAAAUGACAUUAAAAUUGGCUAAUUAUUUAAAUGUAUGAAUGGAUGUUUGAGUGCUCAAUCUCUAGGUCUUUGUCUAUAAAGGAUGUUUGCCUCAGCUAGCAAAAUCUUUCUGUCAUUGAUAUUAGAAGUGACUCUUGAGUAUAGUUAAGAUUAAGUUUCUCUUCUUUGCUUUCCGGCUCUUGGUUAGAGGCAUAGGUGUCUGAUUAAGUAGGUGUAUAAUACUGCAUUUGAGAUAAGUGGACACAAAUGAUCUUUCCUUCACCAUGGAAUAAAUCUUCAAGCUUUAAGAAACAGCUUUCAUUCCCAUUCAUUUCCAUACUGGCCUUUGAUUAUAUGCAGAUCCCUGGUAGCAUGCCUUACCUGCAGCGCUAUGUGCAUUUGCUGUCACAAUAAAGUAUAUUUUGUCUUGCA